AUGAGUCAGGAAGAGAAUUCUCAAGCUCAAAGCGAUGGAGUUAUCAUGAAUCCUGAUGACUCUCGACAACCUCUACUUCAAAACGAAUGUGCGGGGGAAGAAAACGGAGCUUUUCAUACCGUUGAUGAAGAACAACAUCAUGAAUCGGAUACUAGGGUUAACGGAAGUGAGUUUAAAAAAAAAUAUUAUGAAUUUUUUAAAGUGUUUUGUUUUUAUUGUUUCUCGAUGAAAGUAUGCCUUUUAGUGCCCACAGUUUUAUGUCGAGUAUGCGAAAAUAAUAUCCCCUAUGAUAAGAACUCCAUGCAGCAUGUCGUGCGAUGUUCCCAAUGUAACGAAGCUACCCCCAUUCGAGGACCACCGAGCGGAAAGAAGUUUGUCCGAUGUCCAUGCAAUUGCUUGCUGAUUUGCAAGGUAUCUUCGAAUCGCAUAGCAUGUCCGAGACAGCAUUGCGGCCGUGUGAUCAUCCUCCAACCCCCAUCUAAUCACGCUCCCACAGCUCCAGCUCCUGCGGGAACAGCCCGAGUGCAAUGUUUUUAUUGUGAGGAAGUAUUUAUGUUUAACACCCUGGCCAAUUGUAUUGCUCGAUGUCCACAUUGUCAGAAGAGGUAAUUAUUUAUUGUAAAUCAAAUACAAAUAUUAUUCAGGUCCUCGGUUGGAGCCAAUUAUGUACGUGUACGUUCGUUUUCUUACUUUUUUGGAGCUCUUAUUGCACUUCUAACAACAAUUUGUGUAAUUGUAAGUUAAGGUUUGGUUGUUCUUUAUUCUGGUUUAGGUUGCUACAGUGGGGAAGUCCAGUUUUAUCUUCUACAUGAUUUGGGUGGUCCUUGCCGGUGUCACAAUAUUUUUUGCUUAUCGUUUUUAUUACUUUAUCACUUUAAAGAUAAGCAAGGUAUUGGGUCCAUUGUAAGUAUUAUUUAUGUAAUUGUUUCGGCGAAUACACUUUUCAUUUUUUUUGUUGUAUCUAACCUCAAUAAAAGCUUUGAAUUUACAUUUAAACCCGAUUAAACGGUACUCAAUUGAUUGUCUUAUAUUCUAUGACAGGUUUUGAUUACUUUGUAUCUAAAGAAUUUGAAGCUUUGCUACUUUUUGCUUUGAAGGGUAUGUAUUUUACGAAUCGUCUUGCGCUCAGAACGAGCUCAUUAAUUUUGGCCAGACCUGCUCUUCCAGACGGUCCAAGUUUAUCCGAUUUUGUAAAUGGGAAUGUAAAGAAAACGAGAAAUGGAAGGUUGAGAUUACCUGAAUGGCUAAAGAGGGAUAUGACACAAGUAGACCAAAAGCAGCUUAAGUUGAAGAAACAGCUUCGAGGGUUGAAGUUGGCAACCGUCUGCGAAGAAGCACGGUGUCCAAAUAUCGGAGAAUGUUGGGGAGGAGGGGAGGAUGUUCCGUCCACAGCUACUAUUAUGUUGAUGGGUGACACUUGUACCAGAGGAUGCCGGUUUUGUUCCGUUAAAACUGCUAGAAGCCCUGGUGCUCUGGACCCUGACGAACCUCUGAACACUGCAAAGGCUGUCGCGUCUUGGGGAGUUGAUUACAUUGUUUUAACUUCUGUUGAUAGGUAAUUUUUGUCAGUGGUGUUUUUUGCCGCUCUCACCCGUUUACUUGUAUUAUUUUAGGGAUGAUUUACUUGAUGGAGGUGCUUCCCACAUUGCUCAGACGAUUUCCCAUUUGAAGAGAGAAUGUCCCAAAGUUUUAGUGGAAGCCCUAGUCCCCGAUUUUUCCGGAAAACCUGAUUGUAUUGAGAUUGUGGCUCAUUCUGGACUGGAAGUGUAUGCUCAUAACAUCGAAACUGUUCGACGAUUAACUCCGGGAGUACGGGAUCCGCGAGCCAAGUACGAUCAAUCGCUGAAGGCCUUGGAACAUGCCAAAAAGGCCAAUCCCUUACUGAUUACCAAAAGUUCAAUCAUGCUAGGAUUAGGAGAAACUGAAUCAGAAAUAUUGGAGACCAUGCGCGACCUGAAAGACGUUGGAGUCGAAGCUCUCACACUCGGACAAUAUAUGCAGCCAACCAAAAGACACCUUCUAGUCAAGGAUUGGGUCACCCCGGAAAGGUUCGAUGAGCUCAAGAAGAUGGGGGACGAAAUGGGGUUCCUGUAUAUUGCUUCAGGCCCUUUAGUUAGGUCUUCAUAUCGAGCUGGAGAAUUCUAUCUGAAGAAUAUUAUAAAUAGAAGACAAAACGAACAGAAAGUGUUGAAUGUAUCUGUUUAA